AAGCUAAAGUUCAAGGUUCUUCUCGAAAAGCAUCACGCCAAACCCACAAAUAAAAUAACCAGAUCUAAAAAAAUAACAAAUAGUAAUACUGAAGUAGCCAAAAUCAAUAGGCAAAGCUCCCGAAAAAACAACCAAACAAAGACGACCAAGCAAUGUUCUUCUUCUUUGCGGGUGGGUUAGAGCGGCAAGUGCGGCAGGUGCUAAAAUCCGGUGUGGGAAGGUGCAUAAACUGCGGAUCACGUGCCGACCUCGUGGAGUACGAGAAGGUUCUGAAGCUCUUCUUUGUUCCCGUCUGGCGGUGGCCAGGGAAGGAACCUCUCUUGUACUGCCACAAUUGCAGGUUCAUGUUCCCCCCACCACGGCUGCAGGAGUCGGCAUCGCUGUCUCCGGCGGCGGCUGUUUCCGAUGCCUUGCGGUGCCGAUUCUGUGACCGGUCGGUUGAGGCCCACUUCAGGUUCUGCCCCUUCUGCGGAUCCGAACUGUGAAAUGUUAGUUGCUGAAUGUGAAAGUGAAAGUGGUUGUACUGUUUGUUACGAGGGACUUCGUGCUUUCUUUUUUUAACAUAUAAUGAUGAUCUUUAUUUUCUCUUAGAUUUACUUGUAAUAGUGAUAGUUUGGGAACAUGUAUUUUGAUGUAGUAAAAAAAAAAAAGU